CUCUACGUCACUCCUCCUCAUUGACUACAUUUAACAUCAACACUGAUACACAUAAAAGUUGGUGAAUUUUCCCUUUUAAGAAAACCUGUCAAAAGUUUCUACAUCCUUGGCCAGUUGGAAAAACCUUCCACCAUAUUCCAUGACAACAUGUUUACCAACAAACAAUGAUAUAUGUCGUGAUAUCUUUUGUUGCUCCUCUCCACAGACUCAGGCAGGAGAAGGGAAAGUCUACAAGUGUCUGUUCAACCACAAGUUCGAGGAGGCCAUGUCAGAAAAGUGCCGCGACGCUCUGACCACCCGUCAGAAGCUGAUCUCUCAGGACUACAAAGUCAGCUACUCUCUGGCCAAAGCCUGUAAGCUGGACCUGAGGAAGCAGCGCUGCAGCCUGGACACCAACCUGCCGAGGGCCCGCGAGGCCCGGCUGUCGUACCUGCUGCUGUGCCUGGAGGCUGCAGUGCACCGCGGUCGUCCGGUCAGCGGCGAGUGUCAGGGCGAGAUGCUGGACUACCGGCGGAUGCUAAUGGAGGAUUUCUCUCUGAGUCCGGAGAUCGUGCUGCACUGCCGGAUGGAGAUCGAGGCACACUGCUCCGGUCUGCACCGCAAAGGACGCACGCUGCACUGCCUGAUGAGGAUCGGACGCGGCGACCGCACCGCCACCGUGGACGGCGUCUGCCAGAGCGCCCUGCAGAGUUUGAUCCAGUCUGCCGACCCCGGAGCCGACUACCGGAUCGACCGGGCGCUCAACGAGGCCUGCGAGUCCGUCAUCCAGACCGCCUGCAAGCACAUCCGUAGCGGAGACCCAAUGAUCCUGUCGUGCCUGAUGGAGCACCUGUACACGGAGAAGAUGGUGGAGGACUGUGAACACCGGCUGUUGGAGCUGCAGUAUUUCAUUUCCAGAGACUGGAAGCUGGACCCCGUCCUGUACAAGAAGUGUCAGGGCGACGCCGCUCGGCUCUGCCACACACACGGCUGGAACGAGACCAGCGAGCUGAUGCCGCCGGGCGCCGUCUUCUCCUGCUUGUACCGCCACGCCUACCGCACCGAGGAGCAGGGGCGCCGGGUGAACCCAGGCGAGCAGUUAUCUCGGGACUGUAAGGUGGAGGUUCAGAGGAUUCUCCACCAGAGGGCGCUGGAUGUGAAGUUGGACCCCGAGCUGCAGAAACGCUGCAUGACCGACCUCGGCAAGUGGUGCAGCGAGAAGACGGACGCUGGACAGGUGAGACAAACGCGUACUGCCGCUGCUACUAAUGGUAUCUGAUACAACCAGGAAGCA